AUGGAAAAUCAACUAAAUUCAGGCAAGCUCCCAUUUUCACUGAAUCAAAAAGUUGUGGCUUGCCAAGAAAUUAACCUUGAUAAUGAUUUGAGAAGCUCGAAAGAAAUUAUUGAAAAUCUAAGAAACGAAAAUUUUCAGCUAAAGAAAGAAAACAAUUUUUUAAAAAAUCUAGUAAAUCAGCAUCAGGUAGAAUUAAAUUAGAAUUCUUUAGAUCUAGAUGGCUACAAUAGCCAGAAAAGCCUUUAUAUAGCAGGUGAAGAGCCUGCUGAAAAGCUCAAAAAAAUUAACGAAAAAUUACAUAAAAUUCAACUAUUUGAUGAAGAAAACAGAAAGUUGUGUAAAAAUCAAGAAACAAAUACUGAAUUAAAUAUUAAUGAAAUUUUAAAGCAAAAAGAAAGCUUAGAAAGGAAAUAUACUGAAGAAUUAGAAAGGUAUAAAGAAGAAAUUUUUAUUUUAAAGUGGCAGCUCCAAAACAGUCAAAGUUUCAAUAUUUUUGGAAAAUCAAUUGGCUCUGAUGUAUUAGGCCCAGAGUCUUCUGAAGGUUAA